UUUCACUGGCACCUAAAAGACAGAAGAAUGAGGGUUAGUUGAUUCUCUAAGAAAGGAGACCCAUAACCAGGGUGCCACCACUGAAAAAGUCCUGCCAUAUCCAGAAGCAGUGCAGUAAAUAUAUAAAUAUACCUGGAGUUCCUCAGAAGCUUAGCCAGGGAUUACUUGAUGGCUAGAUAGAGGAAGGUGGGUCUCCAAAAAUGCAGAUUCUCUGGUGUUGCUAAUUUUCUCUUCUAUUUUCCAGCUGCAGUGGAACAUUAGUUGUGUUCUACUAUGGUCUUGAUCUGUUGGGAAGAUAAACCUGCCUGGCACUUCAGCCCAGCACCAUCUAGAAUCUUUUUCGACAUAUAGGGUGACUCUACAGUAACUACAUGAUAGGUUUUUUCUUUGGGAGGUAAAUAAAAGUGGACAGAGCUUCUUGGGAGCAGCAACAGAUUUGCAAACCACCCUGCUGUAGCCACAACAGCAUUUUGGUCUCCCUUGCCUGGAUCCGACAGCAUGAGGACCCCGACACCCAUGAUUGUGGGCAUAGUGCUUGGCCCAUGUGGACUUGUCUUAAAUCUGACCAGCACCCUGGCUCAAGGCUGGAGGACUGUCAGCAAUAUCCCCCGGGAGUCAUAUGACUUGAUCCAACAACAAGGCAUCUGGGACUUCUGUAACAUGUACCAGAGCAGCCACAUGACCACCUGCUACAACAUUGAGGACACCCUGGGCUACUUCUCCCAGCUGCCUGUGCAAGUGGCCAAAGGGCUCAUGCCUGCCUCGCUGGUGGUCACUGCCAUAGGCCUGGUGGUGACCACGUUGGGUGUGCGCUGCUGGCAGUACCAACCCCAUCACUUGCUGGCUGGGCUAGGAGGCUUGCUGCUCUUCAUUUCUGGGCUGCUGAGCCUUAUUGCCAUCUCCUGGUACAAUUAUGAACUCUAUGAUCUGCCUGCCCCAACAGGUAGCACCUUAGAGGUGGGCUACUGCCUAGUCCUAGGUUACCUUGCUAGCUGCAUGGAAAUUAUUGGGGGCAUCUCCUUGACUAUUAGCUUUCACGAGUGCUGUAAAGAACGCAAGCUUAGGAAAGCUGCUAAGGACACCAGUUAUCCACCUAGCAACCAGCAGGGCCCAGCAAGUGUGACAGCCAUUAACUCCCCUUCCAUUACUGAUGGCAGAGAUUUGCAGACGCCGUACAGGAAUCCAGCGCUCAGAUACUACAGCAAUUCCCUGAAUGUAUUGGAAGAUGAGAGAGCCAGUAGGAGUGGCAGCAGAUUUCCCUGUGACUCAGAUUUGUAGCCCUAAGCAGGGGAAUUCCUACUAAUGGGAGGCGUGAGCUCCACAAAAGCUCAUGAACAGAACAGCUGAGGUGCCCAUCCAGGAAUGCUCACCUGAAAGUGUAGCCUUUUCCACUUUCUACAAACAAAUGCAAAUCUUGAUUGUAAGAGCUGUUCAACAUUGAAAUCAGCCACCCAGAGUGUGGUGGGCUCUCCUUCUUUGGAGAUUUUAAAACAGUGCUGGGAUGCCAUUUUUAGGGGGUGGUGGUGGUGGUGCUUUAGUUGUGUCUUCCUGCAUGGCAGGGGGUUGGACUGGAUAGCCCUUGGGGUCAUUUCCAAAUCUAUGAUUAUUAUUAUUAUUCUAACAGUUGGAAUAGACUGAA